AUGGACCAGAAACAACCAAGAAACGGCCAGGAAGUCAAAGACGACCAAGAUUGGAGACUCAGGGCGGGUGGUCACGGUUUCAAGCGAUUCAUUGAAUCAUUCCUGCCAACCGCUCCAUGGACCUCCAUCAAAUCCGCUGAAUGGCCCCCAAGGCCAAAUAAUACCGGAAAGCACAUCGACCUCGGCCCUCUUGUAUCCAAGACGGAUGCAAAACUGGCUUAUAAUGCAUGGAAGUUGGCAGAUGACACCCUUGAAAAAGCAUGGAAAGAUCGCCCCGAUCACAACCCCAGUCCCGAGGCAGAGGAACCAGGACUGGCACGUAACGUCUACGAGCAUUUGAUGAUUUUUGCAGUCUUGCCUUUGAAUCAGGACGAUGCCAAGAAGCUUUUUGCCGAAGAGGGUUUGAAUAAAACAUGGGAUACUGCGGCCUUGAUUGCAUCGAUGAAAGACAAUAUCAUAGAUGACAGUUCGAUCCGUGGAGUCGUCAACUGGAGCACCAACGCGAUCAAAACCGAAUUGAAAGAAAGAGAAUUAUCAAAAGUUGGAAAAUCCGAAGAGCUCCAGCAGCGACUUAUUGACGACGAGAUUCAAAAACACUGUGGUGUCAUGUCUGUAUCCGACUUGUCGCACUUGGGGAUCAAGCGCAGUAACAAAUACAUCCUGCAGCCAGCGACCAACAAAGCCAUGACUCCAAUCGACAUGUACACUUUUGCGAUUCACCUCAGCCCUUAUAAUCCCGCUUACUGGCUUAGUCGAGCCUACUGCCAUUACCAACAAGGGUUUUUUGAUCUGGCACUCGGAGACGCCUAUCGCGCACAGAUUCUCUGCAAUACCAUCGAACAGGUACAAGAUCGUUUCUCCACAGAUGGAUUACACACACAGAUCCACCAUGCAAUGGAGCAGCAUAUCUUGGUAGAACCCAUGGAUAAAGAUAAAUACUGGUCAGAGUUGAUUACCAUGAUGCGAGAACCUCAGGGCAUGUAUGCUUUUAUCUCGACUAUACAGAAAACACUGCUCAAUAUCAUCUGUCUCAGCCUGGAAGCACUCAACUGCUGGGAUGACUUUGAUUCCUACCACAGACAGCUAGCUGCUAGAACCAACCGUCUUUAUCAAGAGAGAUUCGUGGCUGAUCUACGAAAGCGAGUAUCGGAAAAGGCAGAGAAGGCAUGGAGAAAGGAGAAGCGCCGCCCGGGCCUUUUCUGGUUUGAACGACACCAGGGUGCAGUAUCAGCUGCCAGCGCAUAUCCAUAUGAGAAGGAUGAUAUUUUGGAUCUGUUUCAGGUUAAAAAGAAUUUGGCGACAAAACUCACAGAAGAGAUCUUCCAGAAUAAACAGGAAGAAGCAGAAAGCUCCACUGCCCCGAGCGACAUUUGCGAGGUUAAAUACAGGCCAAAUCUACGACUUGGUGUCUUUGCAAAGAAAGAUAUCAAGAAAGGAGAAUUAAUUCACUGGGAAGAACCCACCAUUCGAGGCCAUCUCCCAGCCCGUCGCUUGAACAGAGACAGGACGAAAACGCGAUACGUGGACGACAUACGAUGUGAAAACUGUAAGGUCGAGGUCGAUGACAAAGUUAGAAGACCUUCCGUGGACGAUACCCGGUCAGAACAUUCUGAUGACGAGGAGGAAGAACCGUACUGCACAUGUGCGAAACAUUGGAAUCGCAAUCCCUCCGAUAAAAGGGGACUUAUGUUCUGCCCAUCAGGUUCGAAGGAAAAAACUUGCGUGAGCGUCGCUUAUGACUUGUACCACGAAGAUGGCUGUGGUAGAGACUGGAAGUGGUUAUAUGACACCAUGCGGCCGAAUGUGUGGAAAUGGGGACAAUUGGAGCAUAUUUCCCACAGUAACGAGGUCCAUGGGACCGUGACUGAGAUUACUCUUCUUCGCCGACAAGAUCAUGAAGAGCCAGGCCUAGCUCCGCAAGAAAUCGACGAACUUCUAAUCAUGAGUGGGAAUAGCCGGUCGUGGCGGGACAGUUGGUUCCCGUUCACCAUGUCUGCGAACAUUAUUAUCCCAUUCGACAUAGUUUCGUUCUUGGGCGUCAAUAUCUUCCGUGAUCUCACUUUUGACACUUGGGCCUUGCAAACCGUUUUGCGAAAACUACUUGUCAAUGCCGUUCCUUGGGACAUGAAACGUCGUGGAGACAUCAGUGCUGUACAUCCCAAGGAGGAAGAUAGAAAGCUUGAAACCCCUGCGGAACAAAAGCGGAGACUCAUGAAUGGAUACUCUUUCGAAGAUUGGGACCCUGCAUUUCUGAAUUUGUAUGUCCUCCCAGGCUUGAAUAUGUUUAAUCAUACGUGCGCGGGAAUGCAGAAUGCAGAAUGGGGCUACGACACGCAAAUCUUGAACCGGGUGAUUGUUUGGGCGCAUAAGGACAUCCGGGCGGGGGAGGAGAUUCGCAUCCGCUAUCAAUGUGAACAUUUUGAUUCUAAGAACGAUGCCCGGCAGAUUCUGGGUGGACCUUGUUUGUGCCCCAACAAUGAGGGACAUGAUCAUGAAGAGCAGAUGGAUGUGGAUGAAGAAGAUUCAGAUGAAGAGUUAUCGUCCUCAUCUGACUCAGGUGAUGCUGGCGGCGGAAAUUCAAAUCCCAAACGCUAUGGGGCUGCAAAAGAAAGUUCAGGUCCCAGAUUGACAGGAUUUGAAGUGUGGAAAAGACGGAGAGGGGGCGGAAGGAAAGCAAAGGAUAAAGAGGAGAAAGAAGAAGAAGAGGACGAAGUCGAAGAGGACGACUCGGAUGAAUUGCCGGCACGCAAGAAACAGAAAUACGAGGAGUAUGCCAAAGUCGAUAAGGAUAGAGUUGCGAUACGACGCUUACUGAGGCUCGAAGAAGAACUCGAAGAAAAUGAACGGAGAAAAUUUGUAGCGAGCGGAGCUGGAUCCGCCAGCGUAAAUACACAGGCUAGGAGGAAAAAGGAGUAUGUUCCUAUGGUCCCGAUGAUACCAAGCGAGAAUAGCAGGAAGUGGGUAGCGAGGGAACGAUCGGCUCUCAGGAAAGACCGAAACAAGCAAAGAAUCAGGGAGCUGGCGGAAGAAAUGGAAGACCACGAAAUGAAGGAAUAUGUCGAUGUGCCGCAAAUAGCGAGAGCCCCAGGUGAACCCUUGGAGAUUGUGCCAGUUCUAGCGCCGGAGUACGUGCAAAAUGUGACCCAUUGGGAUCGGAUCAAGAGAAAGGCCGGCGGCAGGAGGCUGACGUAG